AACCAAAGCUAAACUUAAGAGUUGUUUACAGUCUCUUGAACAUUUCCAAUAGAUUUAACAAUGGGGAUUCGUUUGCGAUCAUCCUUGCUGCCUGCUGCCAAGCAAAUUCUCAAGAUGCAAUUGGGUUUUGUCAAGAAGCAGUCAGAUGUUGUUCCUAGAGGUCAUGUUGCUGUAUAUGUUGGAGAUACCCAAAAGAAGCGAUUUGUGGUUCCUGUUUCGUACUUGAACCAUCCUUUAUUCCAACAACUACUAAACCGAGUAGAAGAGUUUGGUUACCAUCAUCCACAUGGAGGUCUAACAAUUCCUUGCAAAGAGGGCGCAUUCAUUGAUUUUACUUCUAGACUGCAACACUCUUGAAGGAUGAAGAUGAUGGAAUAGACAUCAACCAAUUUUUGACCCAUUUUUUUUCCUGAAUUGAUUUCUUUCCAACUCCCCUGGUUGUGUACAAAUUCAACCUUAAGCCUUUUGGAAUGUAAAUGAGUUUCUUUC